UCUCUUCCUCCUGAAUUUCUUAUUAAUAUUUUGCCCUUUUCCCUCUCUCUUUCUGCAGAUUUCCUCGCAUCUUGAUCCAAAUCCAAUCUCUACUCUCCGAGGAGAGCGACGUCACUGAUAGCAUCUCUCUCGAUCAAACGUUGUUUUCGUGUUUAUUCCUUUUGUUCUGCUUCGAUCGACGACUCCUCGAAUUGCUGUUAGGGUUCUUCUGGAUUUGGGGUUUGAUCGCGCGCCGAGAGGAUGACGAAUGGGAAGCUGAUGCCAAAUCUCGAUCAGAACAGUACGAAGGUCCUUAAUCUCACUGUUCUCCAGCGGAUCGACCCGUUCGUAGAGGAGAUCCUGAUUACCGCCGCUCAUGUCACCCUCUACGAGUUCAGCAUCGAGCUCAACCAGUGGAGCCGUAAAGACGUUGAAGGAUCCCUAUUCGUCGUCAAGAGGAACACACAGCCCAGAUUUCAAUUUAUCGUGAUGAAUAGACGUAACACAGAUAAUCUAGUCGAGGAUCUUUUGGGAGACUUUGAGUAUGAAGUUCAGAUUCCCUAUCUUUUAUACCGAAAUGCAGCUCAAGAAGUAAAUGGCAUAUGGUUUUAUAAUUCACCUGAUUGUGAAGCAGUGGCAAAUCUCUUUAGCAGGAUACUAAGUGCAUAUUCCAAAGUGUCACCAAAGUCUAAGCUAACUUCUAAAAGUGAGUUUGAGGAGCUUGAAGUUGUACCUACUUCAUCCGUCAUUGAAGGUCCUCUUGAGCCAAUAACAUCAGUUUCUGCAGCCGCUCCUGAUGUUGCUGAUGAUGCAUUUGUGAACUUUUUCAGUAAUGCUACAAGCACCGGAAAUGCAUCAGAUGCAACAGUGAUCAGCCAGUUAUAUCUUGCUGCUCCACCUGUUCCUGUGACUACUCAUGCACCAAGUCAUGCAACAAGUGUCAAUCUGCCUGUUUUGCCAACCGUUCCAUCAAUUCCCAUUCCCUCUGCUUCAUCUGUUCCUCUAAUGAAACCCCUGGAUAGUCUUGAAUCUGGAAAUGGGAGUGGUAGCCAUGCUAUGAAUCUGGUGAAACCUUCAUUUUUCUCACCUGCUUUAUCUUCUGCACUGGUAAUGCCUCCAGUAUCAUCCGCUGCUCCUACAGCCCCGCCCCUCUAUUCUCCAGUUACACUGCAGCAACCAUAUGGAACUCCACUACUUCAGCCCUUUCCUCCACCUACUCCAUCUGCAUCGCUUACUCCUAGUCAAAACAUUGGACCAGUUAUCACAAGAGACAAAGUUCGUGAUGCACUAUUGAGCCUUGUUCAAAAUAACGAUUUUAUUGAUAUGGUUUAUCGGGAGAUGCUAAAUGCGCAUUAUUCGUUGUGAAUGAGCUUUUGCCAAAUGGAAUUUAGCUUGUUGCUUUAAUAUGGUUGCUAAUGAUGCAGUUUUUUCUUAUAAGAGCUAUUGUAAAAAUUGCCAAUCGAAGAUGAGGGACAUGGAACUUUUGUUUAUAUUAUUAUUUGGGGGUUGUAUAUGAGUGGGAACAUUUCAGUCUUAAAUUUGAUGUGGUACUCUUAUUAGCGGUAAUUAAUCUAAUAUUUGUUUUUGCAUUGAAA